UCACAAAAAACAAAACGGAAAAACGAUAGAAAGGCCUCCGUCAUGUAGGUAAAACUACUCAACUGAUGAAAGCUAGAUUUUUUCUUUGAAGUGGCACCCGUGACGAAGAGAGAUCCAGGGCAAGUGGGCGCUGAGAAUUGUUAAACUGAUAAAAAAAAAUAUCGUAUGGACAGUUUCUAUAAAACAUAGAGCGGAAUUGAUCCCGUGAUUUACCAGAAAAAUUUGAGGACCCCCACGGAGGAGCUCAGUGUGACGUCAUGACCGCUCCCCCCUCCUGGGGUGCCAAGCCAGAGCCCCAUUAUCUCCGCAUUCCGAACUCAGGGAAAAAGCGAUAAGCUGGUCAGCGCGGCGUGCGGUAUUCCUCGCCGGCUCUGUAGAUACAGUCACGCCUAAAUCGGAGUGUAAAUUGUUUAUAUAUAUACAUCUCAUAUUUUGUUUUUCUAAAUACCACUUUAAUGAUGGACGCACGAAGGAAUAACACGCGCAGAACAAUUAGCAAACGGCAGGAACCCUGAUCGCUUGGCCGAUUGCUGGUUUCCGGAGUUAAAACUUUGCAAUCCGAUGUCAACUGUAUUUGUUGUGAAGCGAUUCUUUUCUUACUGCUUAAAAAUGGAUUUAUAAGAAAGUGUAAUUUGGUGGCUCUGUGUUUUGUUUUUGGAUGAGGACGACAAAAAUUAUCCCUGGAAAAAUGAUUCCCGUGGCUUUCUUCCUGUUGGUUAUUGGGAUUUCUCAUGGGGAAGUAAGCAAGGAGGAAAUGUUGAUCAAAGACAUCUUGAAAAAUUACAAUAGCUUGAUCCGCCCCACCAAUUCUACAAACCCCGUGGUGGUGGUGUCCCUGGGAUUAGCUAUGACGGAGAUUGCUGAACUGCAUGAGAAGAGCCAGAUUUUUGAGUCCGGGGCGUUUCUCCGACAUCUUUGGGCUGACUAUAGGUUAUCAUGGAAUCCUGCUAAAUACGGUGGAAUUAUGACUGUCCAUCUACCAGCGACCUCGAUCUGGAAACCGGAUAUAGUUCUUAUUAACAGUGCAGAUACUGUUGUAGAAAAAGAGGAACCUCUCGCUAUUGUCUUUCAUACCGGUGCCAUAUUCUACAGUCCAAAGAUGCGGCUCCGGGCCCCCUGUACUUUGGAUCUUAACAGAUUUCCAUUUGAUGAACAAAUAUGUAAACUGACAUUUGGGUCGUGGACCUAUGAUAAUUCCAAUAUCAAUCUCACACACUUCGCCUCUGGUGUAAAUGGGCUAGAUCUAGAGGACCUUAGGUUUAAUGCCGAGUGGAAAUUGACGGAAUCCUUGUCAAUACGGACAGACAAACGGUUCGAGUACGCCAGUAACAGUUUCCCUCAAAUGGAAUACUCCUUCCGGUUACAGAGAAACCCCACCUAUUAUCGUCACGUGUUCAUUCUACCAGCUGUUCUAUUGGCAAUUCUUGUUCCAUUCCAGUUUCUGUUGCCCCCAGACUCCAAAGAACGAAUGACACUUGGAGCUAUACUGAUGUUGGGGAUCCUCCUCUUGCUUGUACUGCUACAGGAUUUCCUCCCCGAGGCUCAUCCCACUCUACCCACGCUAGCCACGUAUUACAGCCUAACCUUAGUGUGGAUAACCUUAUCUAUGUUAGCCUCGAUUUGGGUGAUUACUACACAGUCACGUGGUCCUAGGGGACGACGGGUACCAGAUUUAAUGCGACAAUGCUUUUUACGGGGACUUAGGCGCUUAGUUUGUCUUGGUGACGAUAGUUAUUUUCCUUUAAAUGAGGUGGACACUCUCACAAUGAAGGCCCUGGAUAUCCCUUCUGUGGAACCUAUUGUUAAAUCUGAGACUUCCGGUAACCAAAAUAAACUGGAGAAAGACGUGGAAGAAAUAUUACGUCAUGUGCAGACUAUGAUCAUUUGUACUAAAGCUGCGCAAGCGCGACAGGAAGUACAGAACGAGUGGCAGCAGGUGGCUCUGGUCCUUGAUCGAGUUUGGUGCUUCCUGUUUGGAGCCACAUUCCUAUUAUACACCUUCAUUUUACUUGCAUGACUGUUUGUUUACAAAGUUUAAUUGUUUCUCAUUAUCAAGUUGACUUAUUUGACAAUCAUUUGUAUUCAUUUGCAUUUUUAAGACAAUCAUAAAUAUCCAAUAAACAAAUUCCAAAAAAGUUAA